UCGCACUAUUAUUACGUCUCCAACAACAAGAAGCGACUACUGUGGCAGUUGAGAAGCCAAACACACUUCAGUAUUUAAGAAAGGUUAUGUUCACAGAUACUAACAAAUAAUUUAUAGCCCUCCGGACAAUUCAUACUCAUGUCAACGCUGUUGUACAUCGUGAAACGUAUUAGGUUGGUUGAAGAAGUAGCUAGCUAACGUUAACUCAGAACUUAGCAAACGUUGCCUGGAUAGUUAGCAACUGGCUAGCAACAUGCCCCCUAUUAUUAAUCCUAAAGUAAAGGGCACAACCAAAGUUUCAAUUAGUGGGAUAACAGUACAUGCUCAAAGCAAACAUUGUCAUCGAAAUAAUGUAUUGGCCGAGAGGAAUCAGGCAGUUGCACCUGUGGGCGCCUGGGUGGAGAGUGGACAAGACUGCCAGGAUGAGCAUCCAAAUGUUCGUGCCCUGCUAACUGAGGAGCUACAGAUGGAGAUUCAACGGGAGAAAGAGGAGAGUCUUCGCCGGUUUCAGGAAGAAGUGCGCCGCCGCGUGGCACAACAGGCUCAAAUCCGCAAGAGGUGGCAGCUUCAGAAGUCAUGCGAGAUGGCAGAGCAGGAGGGGAGAGUGCUCCAGCAGUCCAGCGAUGCAGCGCAGAGAUUGACCCCCAGGAAGAAUCCGUGCCCCUACUCCCCAGAGAGAGAGCUAGCCAUCUGCAGCCCCAACUCCCGCUGGGUUCGAGCACAGGGAUAUGAUAGCAGCAACAGAGAAAACAGGACUGAUCAGCAAACGCAUCAGCUCAGCAAAGUCACGAGGCAGGUCAGACACAGACUGGCAGCCUGUCAGACGGUCCGUGACGGAGAAGUGAUGUCAGAGCUCCCUGGGGGAAUAUGGAAGGUGUAUCCUACCAGAGAUAAACCUGUAUAUCGGGUGACAAGAGAAGAAGAGGAUCAUGAAAAGGAGGAGGAAGAUAUUCCUUUGAUUGGGCAACAUGACUCCCCUCUUCAGAACUUUGAUCUUCACGAGGGUCACAGGAGCAAGACUGUCACCUUUGACAACAAUCCGGUCUGUCAGAAGCUCUUUAGUGAGCCUUAUCCUGCAGGUCAUAGUAAUGAUUUGAGUACUGACCAUAGAGCUACUCAAGUGCUGUGGCCCCAAGAAGACCAGGAGGAACUGAAGAGACAGGGUCAGUCUCAGUUUCUGAUGUACCGACGCCUAUUCAUGGACAUUGAGAGAGAACAAGUCAAGGAGCAUCAGAGACAUAGGAAGCACCUGAGGAGAAUCGGAAGGAUAAAAGCAGAAAAGGAACAGACUAGGUUGGAAGAGGAGAGGAGGCUGGAGAGACUGCGGCAGCUCGAGGAGGAUAGACUGGAAAUGGCUGAGAGGGAAUUUCUAAUUCUGGAGCGACUGAGGCUUGAGGAAGGGGAGAGGGCAGAGGUGUUAGAGAAGAAAGAGAGAGCAAAGAAAGAUAAAGAAGCCACAAGGUACAUCGAGGCUCUGAGAGCUCAGAUGAAGGAGAGGAUAGUUCUGGAGAAUACAGAGCUCCCCCCUCUCUGCUGCUGCGGGGACAGUUUCUGGGACUCCCAUCCUGACACCUGCGCAAAUAACUGUGUCUUCUACAACAACCCUAAAGGUACAAACGGUACCAAAAGGUCUCAACCACAAGCCAAUAGGCUACCUCCAAAAGAACAGUAUGCCUAUGUCCAGGCUCUGCGGUCUGCGCUGUUGAGCUGUGAUCUGAAGGACAGGAGCCACUCCACUCACCAGCGAGCCUCGGCUCGCCAGAUUGCCUCCAUGCACGCCCUUUCACCCAGGAAGGAAACCACAGCUCAUAGGAAGUUAGCCACCUCGCAAAGGAACAAAAAAAAAGAGGACAUUUGAAUUUCAGCCCUCUUUGUUUAAAAAAAAUCAAUAAUGACCUUUAAACGGUACCAUGAAAGGACAUGUCGUUUUGUCAUGCUAUUGAUUUUGAAUCAAACCUUGCCGUCUCUCACUCUCGAAUACUUAUCAGUUGUAUUUCCUUGAAACGUGAUGUCCUUUAUUUUGUAUGGUUUUAUUUUAAUUAUCUGUCUUUAGUUAUGUCAGAUGUGCACUUGGUUUUACGCUGUGCUUAAUUGCUGAAACAUGUCUGAUUUAAAACCUGACAUUUUAUCUUUUGAACCUCGGGAUGAUGCUUCAGUGGUGUUUGUUAGUCCUAUAAUGAAUUUUGGAUGCAGCAGUGGGCAUAAUCACUGGUAGUGUCCUAAUCCUUCCAAUGACAGUAUAUAUUAUUCCAUUCCUAUGGAAAAGUGGGGGAUGAAAAUGUCAGCUGGUUUCAUUUCCUAUAAAAUGGGGAAAGAGUGACUUGUCCUAGGCAACAGACCGAUGAUUCAAGAUUUGUUUUAUAUCAAUGUAUUAUUAAUGUCUUACUCA